AUGGAGCCCCCCGAGACAGCAGCGGCAGCAACAGCAGCAGCAGCAGCAGCAGCAGCAGCAACAGCAACGGACUCAGGGGCUCCUGACCUUCCGCCUGCCGCUGCUGAUCAGGGGUCCCCCUGUUCUUUUGGGGGGGCCCCCCGAGGGCCCCCAGCUUCAACCCUGCUGCGGGUGUGGGGGCCAGACAAAGGAGACAAAGGAGGAGACAGGGGGGCCCCCCGCAUAGCAGCAGAUGCAGCAGAACCGGGGGCCCCCCCCACCCUCAUCGCUGCACUCCUUGAUGAAUUCUAUGGGGCCCUUGCUGCAGAAGAAGAGCUGCUGCUGCAGCAGGAGCAGCAGCAACUGCAGCAGGCUAGGACCCCAGAGGAGCACCAACAAGAAGACAACCCCCAACAAACGCAGCAACAGCAGCAGCAGCACGAGCAGCAGGAGAAGCAGCAGCAGCAGCAGCAGCAACUGCAGCAACGGCGGCAGCAACGGUACUCUUCGGGUCGCCCUCAUUGGCGCUCUGUCUAUACACUGCAGUGCAGGCAGCAUUUGCUGCAGCAGCUGCAGCAGCUGCGGGAAAUCAACAAGCAGCAACAGCAGCAGCAGCAGCAGCAGAAGCAGAAGUUUGCGGGGGGCCCCUUAGAUGGAGUUGCAGUUUUGCUGCUGCAACCCCACAACCUGCAGGGGGCCCCUUCUCGGCGUCUGGCUGCUGCUGCACGGAAGGCCCUCAAUGAAGCACAUGGGGCCCCCCAAGACCCUGCUGCUGCUGCUCUUCUGCAGCAGCAACGGCGAGCAGCAGCAGCAGCAGCAACAGCAUUGAGGCAGCAAAGAAGAGGCAAUGGCAGGCGAAAGUACGGGAGAAGGGGGGCCCCCGCCCCUGUAAAGAGGGGCCCCUUGUCAGGUCUUGUUUCUCCUAAGAGAGAGUCUCCACAUGCUGCUGUUGCUGCUGCUGCACCUGCAGCAGCAGGUGCUGUUGCUGCUGCUGCUGAAGGGCCUCCUCUAACCCGCCGCGCCAGCCGCGCGGUGCGUAGCGGGAGUCAGCAGCCGGCAGCAGCAGCAGCAACAGCAGCAGCAGCAGCAACAGCAGCAGCAGCAAGAGGGUGCGAAGAGACCGGAGAGUCUGCAUUAGGAGUUGCUGAGACUCCACCAGGUGCAGCAGAAUCAGCAGCAGCAGCAGCAGCAACAGCAGCAGCAGCAGCAGCUCUUCGUGAGGUGUUGGGGUGCCCGCCAGGGGUCUCCUUGUCUCCUUUGCCUCGACGUCUCUUCCGCUGCUGCGUCUGCUACGAGUUCUUUCCUACUAGCGAUUUGCUGCUGCAGCAUGUGGGGCCCCUACCUCUACUAUCAGCUAAGAGGGCCCUCCUGAGGGGCCCCCUGCAGCCUGAAGUUAAAGAGGGUACUGGGGGGCCCCCGGGGGCCCCCCGGCGUUCGCGGGGGCCCCAUGAUCUGUGGGGUGCUGCAGCAGUUGAAGCAAAAAGAAAGGGCUGCGCCUCUAUAGAGUGGAAGGAAGGCUACCCCGGCUAUCCGCCUUCGGGUCGUCGUUUUUUGUCUCCAUCUUCGCUCUUCUUUCUUCACUCUCUUCCUCUUUGGUUGGGGGCCCUCCCUGAGGCCCUCCUCUCUGCGCAUGCAGAGGCGAGGGGCCCCCUUGCGGUGUAUGUGGAGGACAGAUUCAUAGACGGCAAACCCCGGUUAGGAGACGAAGAUCAAACCCCUCGGCUUUCUAUGGAGCCGUAUGCUGAGGAGUUGAGGGCCAACUUGCAGCAGGAGUUAGAGAAGAUAUUUCCUGAGUUUGUCGUUACUUAUUUGCCUGACUGGAGCAAAGUCCGAGUCGUAAAGGGAGAGCAGGAGACAGCUCUGCAUGCAGACCACACACUGCAACACCUCCUCUCCGGCGCGGAAGGCACCCAGCAAAUGACGGUAAUAACAACGUGGGUUUGUUUGAGUGUCUCGGGGCCCCUAGACGGCAUUUGUUUUUUCUUACCGAAGGCAGAGGGGGGCCCCCUUGCUGGGGAGGGCCUCUGGGGGGCCCUCAGAGCACAGCCAGGCACCACAGCGAUAUUUCUAGAGACAGCGCCUCACGGGUGUUUUAAGGCGAAGGGCAAGGGGCUUCGACUGAGUUGUGAUUUAAGGUGGGCUCUCUCUGCCCGGGGGGCCUCUUUAGGGCCCCCUAUUGCUGCUGCUGCUGCUGCUGCUGCUGCUGCUCUCGGAUCGAUGAAGAAUCAUCAGUGCCAUCUCUGUCAUCUACCCGCACAAGGGCAGACACCCCGGUGGGCAUCACCGGAUUCAAAUUGGCUGUUCUCUCCCAACGGCGCUGCAGCUCCGAUUGCUGCAGCUGAGGUGUAUGUACAGCGCAGCAGCAAAAGCAGCAACAAGGUCGAGGUCUCUCUUCGUUCCUUUGGCUUGCCCGUUCAGCUGCUGCAGCAACAGUCUGGGGGCCCCCCUCUCCAGCUGGGGGCCCCCAUGCCUAUGCCUAUGGGGGCCCCCCACUGGGGGCCCCCUACCCGCUUCAAUAUAAACCGUGCUUUACAACACAAACCCUAUAAAGGCUUCAACUUGUCACUACUCAGGUACUUGUGGCAGCAACGGGGGGCCCCCCUGGGGGCCCCCCAGGCCCCUACAGCCCCUAAUGGGGCCCCCCAGGGCCCCUCGUCCCCUGGGGAAGACCCCGAGGCCCCCUUGGGGGCCCCUCAGGGGGCCUCCGAGACAAAGAAUGAGGGGGAGGCCCCUAAAGGUAGCGUUGUUAUGAUGAAGAGGUGUACAGACACCGCAGAAGCACUAGAAGCAAAUUGGAGACGGAGAUUAAAACAUUUGUCGCUUUGUUUUGCUGAGGAAGGGGCCCCUCCUUCGGCAGCUGCAGCAGCAGGAUCUGCUGCUGCCCUAGCAGCAGCAGCAGCAGCGGCAGCAGCAGCAGCAGAUGGGCCUUACCGCACAGCCUUAGAAGCAGCAGUACGAGAGGAAGCUGCAGCAUUAGAGAACCUGAGACGCACCCCUUUUGCUGCUGUCUAUGGGGAUAUUUGCGUGCAGCGGCAUUUGCUGCUGCUGCAGCAGCAAAUGCAGCAGCACAUGAAGAUAGCCCAAGAGAGAUUCCGGGCCAUUACUGCAGCAGCAGCAGCAACAACAACAACAGCCGGAGGGCCUCAAACUAGGGGCACGAGGGGGGGCCCCCGGGGACCCCCCUCUGUAGCCGAAGCAGCUGCUGCUGAGACUGAAGUGUCUCCUUUUCUCACCGACUCAAACAGCAGCUCGAUUGCCGAUACACCCCAACAGCAACAGCAACAGCAGCAGCAGCAACAGCAGCAAAGCCAGCAGCAGCAUGUGGCGCAGCAGGAGGAGACAGGAGAAGGGGACGGUUGCGAUUCGAAGGGGCCCUCCUCUUUGUCUCCUGCUGCUGCAAGGCGAUCAAGUGUACGGGGGCCCCCGGGGCCUUCGGGGGGGCCCCCAGGGGGGCCCCCUGGGGGUCCCCCCCUGUCCCCUAGUGGGUCAUCACGGAGGGUACUGCGGAGGGGCCCCCGGGUGGGUUCGUUGGGGGCCCUUUGCGAGGUGGACAGCCUACUGAGGCCAACGCCUCUGGGGUUAAGCUCUGCAGGGGCCUCGUCUUUGUCUCUUUCUGUUGCUAGCAGCAAACUAAACAUGAAUGCCUAUGAGCAUAAUGCGGUUAUUGUCGGCGCCUUCUGUCUCUCUUUUGGCGGUGUAUUUGCUGCUGCAGCACAGCAGGGGGGCCCCCGUACACCCCCACAACUCUCGCCUAAAGGAGGGGCCCUCAACUAUGCGUUGUCCUCUUCUAAUGUAUGCAAUCAGGGGCCCCCAAUGGGGCUACAUGGAGAGGGGCCCCCCUUCUUCGGGCCCCUUAGCGAUGCAACUGCUGCAGAUUUAAAAUUAGGGAGAGCUGUGCUUCGUCUGCUGCAGCAAAGGGAAGAAGGAAGGGGCACCAAGCGCCCCCAAGACACCCCACAAAUAAGAGACACCAGCAGCAGCAGCAGCAGCAGCAGCAGCAAGGAGUUUGCAAGCUGUUGCAUGCACACAUUCGAUGGGGCUGCAGCAAAUAGCCUCCCUGAACUUAAUGCGGGGGCCCUAUGCAAAGUCUGUCCCUUCUCAGUGCCUCUUGUUAGCCGUAGGAGGGGCUGGGGGGCCCCCCAGCAGCAGCCAAGGGGGGGCCCCCGCAAACGCGGGGGCCCCCCUGCGCACCCCUAUCGGGGGGCCCCCUCAGAGGGACGCCGUGAAGGGGGAGGGGGCCCCCAUAUCACCCGUGGAGGCAGACGUUCUGUUCCUUCUCCUCUAUUUGACCUGUAA